AUGGCGUGGCGGUUCGCUCCGUCGAAAUACAAGAAUACCACUCCAAGAGCACCGAAAAAAGAGGAGACCUUAUUCGAUGUACCAGUUGGGAUUUUGUUAAUGGGAAAUAAUGGAAUUCAAUGUAGUGCCACUCAUAUGGCUUUUGGUCUUGAGGGUGAAGGUGGAAAACUAGGGAUAUUACCUAUUGAUGCACGGGGAAGACGCCAAAGAAGUGAAAUGAAAAUUAUUUGCGCUUAUGCAGAACCACUAAACGACUUUAGUUUCUUUCCCUUCGAUCCAACACUGUUAGCCACCUGCAGUCGUGAUGAGAAGGUUUGUUUGAAAACUUCGACAAGUACUGUCUUCCACAGAAAUCGUUCUGAGAUAUCACGCGGGGCUGUGUACGAUCCGCGCAGUAGUACUUCUGAGGUUGGAAAGUUUAAUCUCCACAGCGGUACCGGUCGCGAAUCUAGAAUCCUGUUUGUGGACGAAAAUAAGUUUAUUUCAUCCGGUUUCACGAAUCAGCGUUCUCAAGAAGUUCGCUUAUGUGAUGCUCGUAAAAAUGGUGCUGUAAUUUAUGGACAAGAAUAUGCUUCUUCGACGGGUAUUCUUAUUCCGCUUUAUGAUUAUGACACGAAACUGUUGUUCUUGGUGGGGAAAGGCACUAACAAACUAAUUAUCACUGAAAUCCAAGAAAAGGCUCCACAGAUAUCUCCUGUUUUUAAUUUCGUCAUGCAGAAUCAGACAAUUGGUGCUUGUUUGGGUUGCAAAUACGACUUAGACGUGAUGUCUGGGGAAGUGAAUCGUGUCUACCAGUUGGCAAAAAGCUCUAUUACUCCGGUCCCGUGCAUUGUUCCUCGAAGGAGCUAUCACGAUUUUCAUCAGGAUUUAUUUCCCAACACAAUUGGCGGAGAAGCAGGCUGCACCAGUGCACAGUGGCUGAGCGGUACUGAUGCUGAGCCUGCCCGAAUCAGCCUUGAUCCUGCAAAAAACGAAGUUCCUUUUUUUGGGGGACAGGACCGAAGGCCAUCAAGUAGGCCUCGGCAGUUGUCAACUGGAGAAAUUUUAGACGUGGAGGCUGCAGCUGAAUCGGUCGAAAACAGGGAAGAUUCAGAGGAAAGGAGUCAAAUCAAAUCAAUAAUUGGAUUAGCUUCUAAGUACCGGCAUGUUGAAACGGUCUCUGGUGGUAAGCAAACCACCUUCUCUAAUGUUCGCAAUGUCAAUACGCGUAUGCCGUUUGAGUCGAAUGGUUUUUGUGUUUCUGCAAAAUAUGCUGCUAUUCCUUUGGCUACUCCAGUUGGUGCUGUUAGCCUGGGUAACAUAACCAAGUUGCCUGAUGGCGUUAUUGAUGCUUUACAAAAUGAAACUUGCCUUAACGAUUUAGUAUGGAAUCCUUUUGAUUCUGAAACACUCGCUUGUGCGCUUGACAAUGGCCAGAUUAAUUUUUGGCGUAUUGAAAAUAUGGAAACACCUUUGGUAUUACUCGAGCCAGCAGACACACUGAAAGUUGUCUAUACUUUCAGAUAUAAUCCUGUUGCUGCUGAUAUUAUGGCUGUGGCCAUCCAUAGUGAAGAAAGAACUGUGUCUGUAUGGAACGUCAGUACUAAAGAAUGUAUUUGGGAGACAUCACCCCAUAAAGAAGGCGCUGUUUUGGCAAUGGCUUGGAGUGCAGAUGGAAGGAAGUUGGCAACAGUGGGUCGCGACUUCAAAGUCUGUGUUUUUAAACCCCAAAUGGGAGGCGACAGUAAACCAAUACUCGAGUCGCCAAGAGGGGCUAGAAUUGUUUUCGCCUGUGAAGACACUGUAUUGGUCCUAGUUAAUUUCAGGAGCUCGACAAGGAUAGUUACUCUAUUAAAUGUAGAAAAUUUAAACCCUUUAGGAGCUCAACAGGUGGAUGUUUCGUCUCAGCCUUUAGCGCCUUUCUAUGAUUAUGAUUCCUCUGUUCUGUUCUUAACUGGAAAGGGAGACAGACAAAUCACGAUGUUUGAGAUAAUGGCAACUGCUCCGUUCUUUCUGCCACUUUCUCCCGGGACGUUUUCUACCACUCAUCAGGCAAUAUCGAUGGGUCACAAGGUAGAAUGUGACGUACGCAUUGUAGAAUUCAUGAAAGGGUGGCGUUUAACUGAGAAAACUAUUGAGCUGCUUUCUUUCAGGGUUCCACGCGUGAAGAAAGAUGCAUUUCAAUGUGAUAUCUUUCCUGAUGCUUUGGUGACUUGGAUGCCUUCUCUAACAGCAACUGAGUGGACUUCAGGUAGCGAAGAGGAGCCAUUCAUGACUGACUUGUGUCCCCCGGGGUUACAGAGAGGUUGGCUGCUCGUAUCUCUUUUGUACUCAUGUUUCCAGAUACAAAUGGGCCUCUCAAAGCGGAUUGCUGAGGACCAUACUCUUGAACAGGAUAAGAUGGAAGUUAGUUAUUAA